AUGUCUUUCCGAACUUCUCUCCUUCGAGCUCAUGCUCUCCCCCGUUUACCUCUCUCUAGACCUCUCUCCACCUUCUCCUCUCGUCCUAUCGCCUUGCCCACCCUUGCUAAAUCCAGCUAUGGCGUAAGAAACCUAACCACAACCAGACCUCUCCAACUGGAAUCAUCAAGAGCUGUAGGCGACGGUGGAGUGGAAGAAGCACCUCACAGUGGUAUCAACGUUGACAGAUCGAUACGAAUGGAUACGUGA